GAGAGAGAGAGAGAGAGAGAGAGAGAGAGAGAGAGAGAGAGAGAGAGAGAGAGAGAGAGAGAGAGAGAGAGAGAGCGAAAGAUCCUGUCGGACGAGCGCAACGACCGCCGCAGCACCGCCGUGGAAUGCGAGCUAACAGGACGACGGCAGCAGCAGCGGCGGUUCUCUCACGCUCUGGUGAGAUGAGACAUGAGCACAGCGGAUGAUCUUAUCCAGCUGGAAAUGGACCUGGUGAACAGGCCGAAUCCGUGGCUGCCGGCGUACGGCUUCCAAAUAACAGCCGGUAGUGCCAACGCCAACCACUAUCAACCCACGCACGAGGAUCUACGCGCUAACGAAAUGAUGCAAGGAGACUUCCUGGAGACGAUCCUCGAAGAAACUUCGGACGACCUGCAAAGUGAUUCCGAUCGUAGUGGCACGACCUACUGGUUAGGUUCGGAUUCCGAAACCGAGAGCGUAAUUCACAUCAAGGCCGGUCAACGUGCAGCAGACGGUGUCGGUCAGGACGGCAGUGGUAGCGAGUGCAACUCGGUGGUGCCAAAGAAGCGCCGGCGCAAGAACAACGAGGCGCAUGGUGGGGGUGUAGCAGCAGCGGCGGCGGCGGCGGCGGCGGCGGCGGCGGUGGCAGCGGCGGCGACGGCCGAGUGCUGCUCGUCGUCGGGCAACUCGUCGCGCUCCUCGUCGCUGCUGCAGUUCGAGUCGCUCGAGCGCACCUGCGCCAGCUCGGGCCCGCUGCUGCCGCACACGCCGCCCUUCGACUCGCUCGACUCCCAGCACGGCGCUCGCCGCCGCGAGUUCGCCGCCUCGCCCGACAGCCUCGAGCUACAGGACCACUACUCGCUGUUCAACGGAUGCGCCAGCGCCAGUCUGCGCCCCUGCCGCAGCUUCGAGAGCCUCAACGACAAGGACCACCAGCAGCACGCCUCGUCGCCCUCGUCGUCCCUGCUACUGGCCAAUGGAUUCGCCUACGGCAAGAACUGCGAUCUGUCGAGGCUGGCCAGGAGGCCCAGGUCGAGGCGAAGGGAUCUCUGGCACCUGAACGACGCGGACAACAAUUCCUCGGACUACUCGGACGAUCGGCAGGAGGACUCGUCGUCGAACCUCAGCGAAGAAGACUUCAGCCCCUCGCGGUACAACGAGGUCGAUCAGCUGUUAGUCUUCGGCGUCGAUCCGAGCUCGGGCUACGGCCACUCGGCGUCGCUCGACUGUCGCAACAGCGUCGAUUUGCGCGAGUUCGGCCUCGACUCCGACGACGAGCAGACGCGUCGCCAGUCGACCCUCCUCGACCUCAAGUCCGGCCUCUACGACUCGGCCGACGAGUUGUCCGACUACGACGAGAUCGAUCCCUCGGUGCAGCUGCGACGAACGCCACGGCGAAGACAUCAUCAUCACCAUUCGCAUCGGCAUCACCAUCACCAUUGCAGCGCCAGCGCCGGUGGCAGCGCUUGCAAUUCCCUGCAAUAUAGCGCCGUCGAUCCGAGAUACAGCAGCAGCAGCGGCGGCGGCGGCGGUGGCGGCGGCGGCGGCGGCGGCAGCGGUGGGGCGAGCUUUAAUUUUAGAUUCGCGGACAAGUGGCAGAGCGCGCCCAGUCUGCCGGCCAGCCUGUUGGAGUCGACGGCGUUGAGUGCCAGCGUCGUUGCCAUCGGUGCAGUCAGCGUACCGGUCAACCUUGAGCUUUGCGGUCGCGAUGAGCGCUUGAAGUCGAGCGACGACGAUCGCGACCGCGACCGCGACCGCGACCACGACCGCGACCGCGACCACGACCACGACCACCACGACCACCACGACCGCGACGACCGCGACGACCGCGACGACCGCGACAACCACGACGAUCACGACGAGCACGAUCGGGUCGGGGCGGCGGAGGAGGUGGUGGCGGUAGACGAGCAACGCGAUCCGGAGCACGUCGAGGACCAAGAGGUGGUGGAAGAGGACAUGGCGAAGAUCGUUACAACGAUGAACCACGACUGCGCCAUACCCGAGGAUAGCGACAUCGAGCCGGGCAAGACGAUCGGCGAGGAGAAGGCGAGGAUGCGAAAGCGAGCCAAGGAACUGACGUGCUCGGUGAAAACGCAGCCAGCUCAGCAAUCCGGCAUAGUGAUGACGCCGAGCAAAGUGAACGAGGACGAGAAACAGAGCGUCUUGGAGGACAAGCCAGUGCUCGCGACCACGACGGUCAAGACGCAGGACCGGGUCGAGAAGGACGUGAUGGAAAUCGCCAUCGCCAUGGAGAACGACGUCGACGAGGCCAUCCGCCAGCUGACGAAGGAAGUCGAGGAGGCGAACAGCAGCGGCAACAUGACCAACGUGGACGAGCUGACGGCGGCCUUGGAGAGCGCGCAGCAAAUGAAGCAGGGCCUGCGCCGACAGCGCGCCAAGAAGAACGCCAGCUACGAGUUGGCCCAGCAGUUCAACGUCGACGAGUCGAACGUGAAGCGCAAGUACCGCGACAUUCACCCGUCGAUCGACGAGGCCGGCGAGGCCGGCGCGGCCGGCGCGGCCGGCGCGUCGCCGCGCCCGCGGCGCCCGCUCAACAACGCCAGCUACGAGCUGGCGCAGCAGCACGACUGGAUGAAAAACCUGUCGUUCGGCUUCGGCAAGCAGAUCUACCGCAUGGACGCGUGCGAGGAGCUGCCGGAGCCGUCGUGCAGCGCCCGCGCGUCGUCGGCGCAGCUGCGGGUCAGCGACAUCGUCGAGGAGAUGGCCGUCGGCUCGGCCUCGAGCCUCGCCGGCGACGCCGUCGCCAGGGGCGCGGACGACGCGUCGCCCAGCCGGAAGCCCGCGGGCCCGAGGAGGCAACCGCCGCCGCUGGAGGAGACGUCGCUGCUCGACCAGCUAAAAAAAAACUCGGAUUCGUCGGCCGCUGGUGGCGACGAGGCCAGCAGUAGAGCACCGACGGCGAGCGCUUCGUCCCCCGGUCCCGCGGCAGCGGCCACCGCCGCCCUGGACGACGAGACGGAUUACCCCUGCCUGCUGGAGACGAAGCCGAUCGACGCCGCUUGCGCGGAGACGAGUCAUCGUCACCUGUCGCUGUCGUCACCGUCGCCGCGCUACUCCCGCAGCUGCGAGGACGUGCAGUGGAGGAAAGAGAGCCGCGAGUGCCGGCGCGAGCCCCCACCACGCUGUCAUCGCGCCGCCGCUGCCGCCGACUCGCAGCAGCAGUCGUCCGCUACGCUCGGCGGCGGUGCCCUGCUCAGUUCUCCAGCGACAGCGUACGAGCAAGAAGCCAACACGGUGCCGCGCCACAACGAGAUGUCGGCCACCGCGGCCAAGCGGCUCGCCUUGUCGGGCGAGCCCGCCAUCAGGACCACCAGCAGCAUGAACGCCCUCAACACCACCGGCAGCAACGCCACCGACAAGGAGAAGAAGAAGUCCGGCUUCGGCGGCUUCCUGCAGCGGUUUUCCAAGUUGCGCUUCAGUGGCCGCUCCAAAGUGCCUCACUCCGAGAGCUCUCGCGUGCAAAAGAAGCCCGCCGCCAGUGUGAAUGGUGCUGUGCCGAAUCUCGCGGCCACGACACCGAGGAAGAAGAACAACGAGCCGGAUUACAUCAUAAUACCGCUGCAUCCGCCGCCCGAGGAGCUCAAACGAGAGGAAGAGCUCAGGCGGCAGCAGCAACAGGAAGCUGAGAGAAAUGUUAGCGCGGGCAACGGGAGGCCGCCAGUGUGCAGGAAGCCGCCCCUGCCGCCGGGGAGCUUGCGCGUUGGCUCGGGGCCGAGCUCCGGCGGGGGCCAGACGACGCGCAGACGCGCCGCCACGGACCUUGGCAACCCGGCGGCCAUCGAGAUGGCCUGCAAGUCGCGGAUGGUGGAGUCGCGCGAACAUCAUCGCGAGCGGCCGCUCGGCCUCCUCGAGACGGACCUCGACGCGCCCGAGGAGGAGGCCGCCGCCAAGAAGGCCCGCAGCCUGCUCAACCUCAACCACAACCAGCACCAGCACACCAACGGCCACCACCACAACCACCACCACCACCACCACCAUCACCACCACCACCAGCAGCAGCACAACCUUCAGGUCGACGAGCCGCUCGACGAGUGCGACGCCUGCGACGAUGUGACCAAUGGGCAUGGCACGCACCACCACCACCAUCACCAUCACCACCGCGCAUCGCAGGAGCAGACGGCCCGGCCGCACAAGUCCAUGGAGUUUCUGCUCGACAAGGAGAACCUGCACUUCGUUAAGCCGCCGGAGAACGAGCUGCAGAAGGUCGGCGAGCGCACGCCGUCGGAGCACGAGCUGAGGGUGCAGCGCUCGCUGCAGCGCCUGAACGUGCCGGACUGGUACAAGAACUCGCCGGCGGCCCGAGGAGACGGCGCCACGGGCUUCCGACUGAAGAGGCACUCGGACGCCUCCCAACACGCAACCGGCUGGCGGGCGCUUGGCUCCAAGACCACCUCUCUGUCGUCCCUGUCGUCGUCUUCCAAUCGGCAGCCCACCACAGGAGUAACUAAUCAAAACAAUGUUUUUGAUGGCGAAGCGUUACUGAGCCCAAGCCCGACGCCACCGGUGUUCUCGCGAUGGAGCACCAGCCUAUUGAACAGCGCUGGCAGCUCGCCUGCCAACUCGGCGCGCUCGUCGUUCAAUCAUCGGCAGCCCUAUCUUGGUUGGCGAUCGCAGGAACGGCUCGCCAAUCCACGCACCCCAGCCGAGAGACUCGCUCAGGGCAUACUACCUCAGCUGCAAAACGCCAAACAGCAGCAGCAGCAGCAGCAACAACAGCAACAGCAGAGCUUGAACGGCUCGACGACCACGCAGCAGCCGGCGAAUCAGGAGGUGCGCAACUCGAUCAAGGAAGUGACCUCGGCAAUAGUGCACUACGUGCAGAGCGGCCAAGAAGUGGCGGGCGGACGACUGUCGCCUCGAGACUGGGAGGACCCGGCCAGGGCCGGUACUCGUUCCACCAGUCCGCGAGGGAGUACGAGGCUGGUGUGGAUGGAGAGCUCGUUCGUGGGAGUACGCCCGGUGGACUCGCCAGAUGUGCCAGCGAUAGCAGCCUCACCGCAGUCGACGACGUGCAGCCGGUUGGCGUCGCCGUCAAGACCGGAAAUGUCGCUGAAGGCCCACGCGACCACGACGACGGGGACGGGGACGGGAACGGGAACGGGAACGGGAAUGGGGACGGGGACGGGAACGACGUCUGCUGGGGAAACGAGCGAGGAAGGUGGCUCGACGCCUGGAGUGCAGUGGCCGCCGAGCGACGACGGAGGCUUCGCCAGCGGCGGCAGCUUGCACCUGGAGCUCGAGGAUCUCGAUCAUCGUCACAGGCAACGCCGGCAUCAUCGGCGAGACUCGCAGCCGCAGCCGCAGCCGCAGCCGCAGCCGCCACCGGCGCCGCAGCAGCAGCAACAGCAGCAGUCGCAGCAGCAAGUGGCAAGCGCCGCGGAAGCGGGCCAGCACCGCGCGCACUCAACGGAGCCGCAGCGCCAGCAGCAGCAGCCGCCGUUGUGCGCUCGACCGCCGCUGGUCCGCCGUCGAAGCGAGGGCAGCGAGCCAGUGCCGCCACCCCGCACGACCUCCCGGCUGACGAGCCAGCAGCAGCAGCAGCAGCAGCAGCAGCAGCAGCAGCAGCAACAGCAGCAGCGCCAGCAGCAGCAGCAGCAGCAGCAGCAUCAGCAACAGCAGCCACGUCGCGUGAGCUUCGACAGCGCCAGCAGCCUGGAGAACCUGGCGAACCGAGAAGAGCGCGUGGUCAGGUGCCGCAACAGCAAGUGCGCCAACUGGACGACGAUGGCCGAGGCGCGGCGUAGCUACAAGAGCUGCCACAACUGUACCUGCCUGUAUUGCUCGCGCGAGUGCCGCAAGGCCCACUGGACGCGCCACCGGCGCGUCUGCCUGUACUCGCGCGCGUCCAACCUGUGCAUCCAGGUGCUGUCGUGCGUGAAGAAGGAGCCGAGCAGCCUGCGCCACGUGUCGCUGCUGGCGCGCCGCGGGUUCGCGGCGCACGGCCGCGGCGCCGUCAAGUGCUUCUUCGCCAGCCCCGAGGCCGCGGAGAAGUUCAUCGCCGGCGGCUUCCAGGAGCUGGGCGAGCCGGCAUACGCGAAGUGGAGCGACGUGCUGCCGAGCGAGAUGGGCGCCGAGCUGUACGCCGAGGCGGUGCGCCUGGUCGAGUCCUACAACCCGGACACGCGGCUGGUCGUGUACGUGUCGGUGUGCGUGGUCAGGGAGGUGCCCAGCAGCGGCGGCGCGGUCAUGUGGGAGCGCCAGCCGGUGUCGCGCUGCGCCAAGCUCAAGCUCGAGGGCUCGUGCCGCGGCUCGGCCAACACCAGCUCGUCGGCGGCCUCGGCCGUCGCCUCGCCGCCGCCCAACAUCACGCGCGAGAUGGACUCGCCCGAGACCCUGGUGCUGACCUCCGCGCCGCCCGACGACGCCGGGCCCGCGCCCAGGGCCGCAAGGGAGGCGGCCUUCGGCAACGUCCAGUGCCAGCUGAAGCAGCGCGGCGUCUCGCUGCGCCGCCACUUCCCGCAGGUCUACGCCAAGCUCUGCAACUACGUGGAGGGCGCCACCAGCAAGUUCGCCCCGGUGACCAUCUACCCGCGGGACCAGGCCUCCGGGCGCAGCUUCAUGUGCAUCAUCAUGCUCGACGCCGAGCCCGAGCGGCUGCAGCUGCUGCCCACCGACUCGUCCAGGGUCAGGAGGGUCGACGUCGGCCUCGCCGCCGACCACGAGCAGCAGUCCGCUUAGAGCCUCGGGCUCCCGCGGCGCCAGCUUCGCCCGUAACCACUGCUUCCGCGCUCUCUUUCGCUUCUCGCCUUGUCGACCAUUUUAUCACCGUUCGAUCGAGUUCGUUGCGAGUCCACCUGCGCUUCUGUAAUUCUGUGAUAGGCCGUUCGUGUUCCAAUACUCCCGGCGACCGAUUACAGGCGCAAACGGAGGGGGUCGUGGACGGCGACGACGACGUCUCUCGUUUCCUGCCGCCGAACGGACUCCCUUCCCCCGAGUAAACGCCCGCGAAAGAAGCUAGUGUAAAACGAAUGAAAUCCAAUAUGGGGCCGACGCGGUGGUCUUUCGCGUUGCGAGGUUUCCGUGUUCCGAUGGCGUGCGCGUGUAACGUGAUUUGUGCUGCGCGCGCGCGCGCAGAGCGAUUCCUCGACAAAUUUGCUGUCGACGUGUUGCGUUGCUGUAGAAAAAGGCGACGUGUACUCGACUGAACAAAACGCCCGAACGACAUUGUACACUUUGUUUUCUUCUAGUUUGUUUGUUUUUUUUCUUUUGCUUCAUUCUGCGUAUUGAUUAUGUAGAAAAUAGGGUACAUGCGCAUAAAUCGCGAUGCGCCAUCGACGUACGUGAAAAGAAGGCGUGCAAUCUUUAGAGUAUUUUUCCACAGCUCUGUGUGCAUGCGAAAGCGAGAGAAAGAAAUCCAGCGGACAAAAAAGAAAAAGAUAUUCAUUUUCUCAUUCGAUGAAAUUUUGAACGUACGUGCUUUUUUGGAACGUACCGAGAUUAUUAUCAUUACAUAGUAAAAUAUAGCGUAGAAUGAUUAAUUCGAUUGUCGCGUAAGAUUUACAAGCCCGUCUUCCCGCGGAUUCUAGACUGUACGUAGAAUGCACAUAGUCAAGUUUUUCAAAUUUUACCUAAACAGCACCUUACGGCUUUCAUUGUAGCGCGAUAAAAAUAAAAAAAAAACAAAUAAAAAAAAACUCUCUUUCGCUCUCGACAAGAAGCAAAUUGCAGAAGCUCAAGGAACGAUCGCACGGCAAGUGUUGUGGAUUUGAAAUGAUAUAUUUUCGAAGCUGGCCCGCGGCUCGUUGCGUUUGAAUCGCGCGCCCAUCGCGCGUCUCUCUUGUACAAAACAUUAUCCGUAUGCAUAGAGUAGAUAUCGAAUCUCCAGUCUGUACGUAGUUAAGAUCCAUUGGUUUUCUUUCGUUGACGUGUCGAUGUUUAAAGAGAUCGACGCUCGCCGCUGCGAGAACUGGAAGAAAGUAUGUGAAAAAUUCAAGCGCUUCCUGUCGUAGCACGCGCGUCCUGGGCGAUCCGGUCUCAUCUGUACGCAACAGCGAAUAUCCCCAUGCGUUUUGCCUGUACCACCGAAUUACCGCGUUCGCUGUACGCUCGAGGAUAUCAAGGAUUUCGGCCAGCUUUUUCGUCUAAGAAAUGAUAGUGAUGAAACAAUCAAAAAGUAAUCGAAACAUCAAAAGCAAGAAUAGCGUAUUUAUAUAGAGAUAACAACAAAUAUAUGUUUCUGAAGAAAUAUUAUAUAUAUAUAUAUAUAUAUUUACUCAAAUAUUCGAUAUAUUUAUGUUAAAGGUAAUUUUCACGAAGUGUAGUUUGUUGAGAGCGAGACGACGAAAUAAAAAUUUCGAUAUAUUUAAAUAUUUAAAAGAUAUAAAUAGAAAUCAGUGGUUUCCUCGACGUACAAGCUCGCAGUGCCAAAAAGAAAUUUGUCGAAACGAAUCUUAUGCGAGAGAAAUGCCAAAAAAAGUAAUGAAAAAGAAAAGGAGAAAAGUGAAAAGUGAAAAGAAGAUCGCCAAACGCCUUUUAGAUUGAUCCUAUACAUAGCCAAUUUGUGUAAACCCUUUCGCCGCAAAACAAUGUAUCCACCUUCGAUCGCACCUUUAAUAUACAUAUACUGCAGUUCACCUGAGGCUAUGUCGACGAACAAAGAUAUAUCGAAAAAUUAAAAAACAAAAAAAAAUGAAUAAAACUUUGAUCGUGAAGGAAGCGUCACGAGAAUAACACGAAUGUAUAACAAGAUGAGAAUUUAAGUAAGGCUUGCAGACUAAUAAAAUAAUUUUCCGAUAAGCUUGAACAGCGUCUUUGUAAUAAUAAUCGUAGCAAUGAGACACGUAAGACGCAACGGCUGUAGCUGGCAAUUUUGUAAAGUGACAUUUGCUACGGCAUUUCGAGAAGACGAACCCAGAGUAUCUUUAGAUCGUUCGACCGGCAAAAAUCGAAUAGUGCCAAUUUCGGUAGAGCGUGUAAAUGUUGUCCGUUCGGUCUCGUUUAUACACGCUGGGCGGCGAGUGCGCCUGCAAUCGACAUUUUUUCCGAGUGGAAAAAAGAAAAAGAAAUCUAAGAGGCUUAUUCUUGUACGACGCGAAACGAUCGUAUAAUAGAGAGAAAAAAAACCUAGCGCAGUAGCUGGCGUGACUAUGUAUGUGUCCGGAGUGCGAUGUACUUUAUUUCAUAUCAAUGUGCAAUGGUGCACGACUUGUUUCUCCUUCUCGGUUGAUCUCGACUCCGAGAAGCACGCGUACCAAAUUUAUCGUGUAGGAUUUUUGAUAAUUAGCGAAUUGACGUACGAACAAGCCAUUGUUCCGAGAAUAAUAAGGUGGCCAAAUACGAAGUAGCUUUUGAAUAAUACAAAAAGAUAAAAUAAAAUAAAAUUUCGACUGUCCUUUCGGUUCUCGAUUUCUACGUGAUCAGAGAGUUUGCGAUAUUAGUGAAAAUACUUCUGUAUUUGCGAGAGUUCCUCUGCGGAAACGCGGGCAGCCGAGCCAAGAAGAGCACGGGACGAGCUUCGGCGAUGGCGGACGAGAAAGAUCGCGACAGACGGUGCUUUGGUGUCUUGCGGCAUUUCGUUGACACUGCAAACGGGCAAAGGCCGCCAGGUGGAGGACGAUGCGUGUGGGAUACAAGUCAAAUGAAGAAAGUAAAGAUAUACCGUCAUUGUUAAGUUUAGGGCGUCUUGCCAAGCGAAACGUAUUCCGGACGUUUCGCGGCAAACAAGGAUUAUAAUAGUAGUCCAGGAUUAUAGUAUUAUAUCUGAGUUAUAUUCAGCCUGCGUUUACCUUCGUGAAAAGCACGACGGCUCGUUUACGCCAGAACAGAUUGAUUUAUGUCCGAUGGCCGGUUGAACGUUCGUUCGAGCGCUGCAUCGGAUUAUCGACCGUCUCGCGCGGAUCUCUACGGAGCACGUACUGACACGUACCAACACGGGUGCUCGCGCGAUAAAGAGUUAUAUUUAUUCGGAGUAUGUUGUCUAAUGAUAAUUUUAAAUGUUGAAUUUGAAUUUGACUGAUUUUCAUCGCGCAAUGUUAUUAAACGAGUAAUAUUAUAUUCUGCUGCCCGCGAUAUAUUAUAUCUUCGCCCUCUCCCCGUCCUUUCGUCCCAACCCUUCUAGAAGACGUCAUUCUUACAAACACGAUUCUUUCCUUCCCUCCCUGCUAAUGUAACGAUGUUAUCGUCAUGUUCUAUCAUUGAUUUCGCUACUGUGUACGUCUCAAUUU